AUGGCUACAGGUGAUGUCUACGAAAUUGACUAUCACAACUGUUCGUAUAGCGUUGAUAUGGGUUCGAAAUCAUGUGGUUGUGGGAUGUGGCAACUGAAUGGAAUCCCUUGUAACCAUGCUGCUUGUGUGAUACUUGCAAAGAAGCAUAAAGUAGAUGACUAUGUUUCUGAUUAUUACACAACCAUAAGAUGGAGGAAAACUUAUGAGUGUAGUAUUAGGCCAGUGGAAGGGAUGAAACUGUGGCCUAUGCUGAACAGGUUGCCGGUCUUGCCUCCACCACAUAGGCUAGGUAAUAGAGGAAGACCAAGUACAUAUGCAAGGCGAAAAAGUGCAAAUGAAGCAUCUUCUUCCUCUAGUAAAACCAAGCUAAACCGAGCGAAGCGUGUCAUGACAUGCUCUAAUUGUAGAGAAGAAGGACAUACCAAGGAAGGAGGAUUACAAGGUUUUUCACAAAGUGAAUCACAUGUUGGCUCAUAA